AUGCAAUUUCCUCUUGCCAGCUUGCUCGCUCUCGCCCUCUUCCAGGGUAGCCUUGCCGCUCCAACCGGUCCAGUGACGCUGCGCUCACUCGAAAACACCGCGGAACCCAAUACGCGUCUGCACAAACGGCAGUUUCUCAACAGCGCUCUCAGUGGCUACGGUGGCUAUGGCGGCUAUGGCGUCCACCUCGGAGUCUAUUCCGGCAGCUCUACCGGAUACAAUGCGCCAAACUACCAAAACGCCGCCACCACCUACUCGCCCUUCGGCGUGUCUAACAGUUUCAAUGCCGGAAGUAGCGCGACCGGCUAUUCCAACAAUUAUAUUGGCUAUUACGCUAAAGACGCAGACGCCAAAAAACCUACCAAUGAUUCGUAA